AUGGCAAGGAGACGCAAACCAGUAACGCCGACGACUGAGGGCACAACUCCGGUGAACUCAACAAUGCAAAAUUUCACUCUAUUAACGUUUGGAAGCUUUCUACCACCUAAAUUCCAACUAAUUCUGGAAGAAAAGGAGCUAAGUGAGGACGAAGAAGGAAAUAGUAUGCAAUGGAACAGUAAAAUUGCUGUGACUGCAAAGGAAGCUCAGAAAUCUAAGGAACAACUGCCAACCAGUCCAAAACGACUUCAAUUCUCUGAGGGGGGAUCUUCACAGCCAUCCCCAGAUCUAGAACUAACAGAUAAGACAGAGAUGGCAAAGGAGCUGAGGAAGCAAAAUCGGAACUCUCAGAUGGGAAUGAAGCUGGAGUACAUUCAGCCAUGCCAUAGAGAUGGUAAGAUUGUCAUUCAAAUUGAGGAAAACGAUGUAAAUGAGCUACAGGAACAUUGGGCAACUGCUUUAAUUGGAUAUGUACUUGGGGACACUCUAUAUGAGAAAUCUAUGGAGAGUUAUGCUGAAUCAGUCUGGGAUUUUGUUACUAAACCUCAGAUCUUGUAUCAUCAAGAUGGAUAUUAUGUGUUUCGAUUCACAACGAUGGAGGAUAGAGAUGCAGUUAUGCAAGCUGGUCCCUAUUCAUACCAUAAUAAACCAUUUAUCUUACAGAACUGGGAGAGAGAUUUUUACUUUGAUCCCAAAUGCAUUACUACUAUCCCCUUGUGGAUUCACUUACCUAGUUUAUCAGCUGGAUACUGGACUGCUGAUGCACUAAGCAAGGUGGCAAGUGCAGUUGGAUUACCAUUGUAUACAGAUAAGUUCACAGCUAAAUUGAACAAAAUCUCCUAUGCUCGGGUGCUGGUGAAAGUUGAUAUUACAAAGCCAUUAGUGGAGGAGAUUGAGAUAGUUACCCCCACUGAAACCAGACAAUAG